AUGGGUACCGGGAAGAAGGAAGCAGCCCGGCGUACGCGCCAGGGCAAAACCGGCGAUGGCAUGGGAAAUGUGCGUGUCAAAGGCGAGAACUUUUAUCGCGAUGCGAAAAAGGUAAAGCUCGUGAACAUGUACAAGGAUGGCAAGGCCCAGAGAGACGCGGACGGGAAAAUCACAAAGGCUGCCAGCUUUCAGUCAAGAGAGAUCCCCAAUGCCCGAAUCGAGCCAAACCGCAAGUGGUUUACCAAUACUCGUGUUGUCUCUCAGGAUACCCUCACAGCCUUCCGUGAGGCCAUGGCUGAAAAGGCCAAGGAUCCUUACCAGGUUCUCCUCAAGACAAACAAGCUCCCCAUGAGCCUUAUCCACGACGGAGGAAAGGACACCACCAACGGCGUCAAGCAGCACAAGGCCAAGAUGACAAUUGAGACCUCGCCGUUUGCUGGUGUCUUUGGACCCAAGGCUCAGCGCAAGCGUGUCAAGCUCGGGGUCAGCACCGUGGCUGAUCUCGCUGACGACACUGAGAAGAGCAUGGAUACCUAUGAAGAACGCAUGGAGCAUAACAAGCUCUUGAGCGGAAACUAUGGCAAUGACGGCGAGACUGAAAAGGCGCUCACCAUGGCCAUUGAGCCUGUGUUUGACAAGGGCCAGAGCAAGCGUAUCUGGAACGAGCUUUACAAGGUCAUCGACUCCUCAGAUGUCAUCAUCCACGUGCUCGAUGCUAGAGAUCCCGUCGGAACUCGAUGCCGAAGCGUCGAGAAGUAUCUGAAAGACGAGGCACCUCACAAGCACUUGAUCUUUGUCCUCAACAAGUGUGACUUGGUACCUACCAGUGUUUGUGCUGCCUGGGUACGAGUUCUUUCCAAAGAAUACCCAACACUUGCAUUCCAUGCAAGCAUCAACAACUCGUUUGGCAAGGGAUCCCUGAUCCAGCUGCUGCGACAAUUUUCUGCUCUUCAUACAGACAGGAAGCAGAUUUCUGUCGGCUUGAUUGGUGGCCCCAACACUGGAAAGUCUUCCAUUAUCAACACUCUGUCAAAGAAGAAGGUGUGCACUGUGGCGCCAAUUCCUGGAGAAACCAAGGUGUGGCAAUACGUGAGCUUAAUGAAGCGCAUCUAUCUCAUCGAUUGCCCUGGUAUUGUACCUCCCUCAGGCACAGACACGCCAACCGAUCUCGUCUUACGAGGCGUUGUGCGAGUUGAGAAGGUGGAGCAUCCUGAACAAUACAUUGACGCCCUGCUGAGCCGAGUCAAGAAGCACCACAUGGAAAAGACGUAUGACGUCAGGGGAUGGGAAACCGGAACUGAGCUUCUCGAGGUCCUUGCCCGCAAAGCAGGCCGUCUUCUUCGCGGAGGAGAGCCUGACCUGGAUGGUGUGGCAAAGAUGAUGCUGAAUGAUUUCAUGAGGGGCAGAAUCCCCUGGUACACUCCAGCUCCCAAGUCCAGUGAAGAGGGCGAAGAGGGCAGCAGCAACGUCAAUGGCCGCGGCGGCAGGCUGGGUGAGAUGCCUCGGAAGCGACCUGCUUCCGAGACAUUGGAUACCGCUGAAGCCGAUGUCGAUGCCCCUGUAGACAAAGUCGAAGGCGAUGAGUCAUCUGACAACGAAGACUUUGAGGGGUUCGGCAGCGGCACCGAUGAAGCUCUGUCAAGAAAGCCUUCGUUUGGUGCCACUAGUGGAGCACAAAGCGAUGCUGACGGCAACUCGGACGACGUUUUGUCUAUUGGCGAAUCAAGCGGUGACGAGGGCCAAGAGGCGGCUCCCGUAGCCCAAAUCUCAGCCAAAGCUGGCCGACCCAACAAGAGACAGCGACGCUGA